AUGUCGGUCGUUGCGAAACCGCGGUCUGCCGCGCUCCUCGGAGUUCCGUUUUCUGUGUCAAGGUCUGUCACGUCACCUGCACAGCCGCUUUUUGUCCUUGCCCACAGUAGGUGGGCUUCCAUUUCACAGGCCGCUUUGACGGCACGUCGGCGGACACGGAACUUCAGUUCGGGCUUUUCUAGUAGCUAUGACCCGACCGAUGACGCGGGCCGUGGUCCUAUGUUCAAUAAAGCCAAAUUCGGCGUUCCACAGUUCUACCCACGCGACCUGAAGAAGAGAGUCGACGACUACGUUAUUGGCCAGGAUCGAGCGAAGAAGACAAUAUGCGCUACAAUCUUCAACCACUAUCAACGGCUACGUCGCAAGCACCACCAAGACGACUCGGAUCGCGUAUUGCGCGAGAAGAUGCAGCGGCAGCGCUUUGCCCGAGACCGGGACCUUCACGACAAGCACAAUGAAAGUGGCAUAGAUGGUACGAUGUCUCCUGAUCCACAUGAGCACUUUCGGUUUGCUGACUGGAAACCCACAGACGAGUUCCCCGAUCGCAUAGAGGAGACGGCAUUCGCCGACCAUCACUCGGACCCUGCUGAAAACUUCUACGCAAAGGAAGACACAUCUAUACCUCAGCACGUCAAGAUUGACAAGAGCAACAUUCUCCUUAUCGGCCCUACAGGUGUGGGCAAAACGUACAUCCUAGAGACGCUCAGUAAGAAGCUAAACGUCCCGUUUACGAUAAGUGACUGCAACAGCUUCACCCAAGCUGGCUACAUUGGCCAGGAUGUCGAGACAUGCAUCGAGCGGCUUCUUGUCGAAGCAAACUUCGACACGAAGGCUGCAGAGUAUGGCAUCGUUGUCCUUGAUGAGUUUGACAAGAUCGCUAGAAGAGAGACGACGCACGGUCGCGAUGUCGGCGGAGAGGGUGUGCAGCAGGCUCUUCUGAAGCUCGUUGAAGGAACCAGAGUUACCGUCAGCGUGAAAGACAACCGCUCAUCGUCCCGCUCUGCAAACCCAAUCACGACCACCUACGGGUCGCCCAGCUCAACAUCACCGCCGCAGGCGACACCACCAUCUGCAAAAAUGGAUCAAUACACCAUCGACACAAGCAACAUUUUGUUUGUCUUUACGGGCGCUUUUGUGGGGCUGGAUAAUCAUGUUAUCCGUCGAGUGGCCAAGCCGUCCAUCGGAUUCGGGUCCGAGAUUCGAAGCACCAAGGGCUCGCCCCUGUCCGGUAGCAAAGCCGUUCUGCCGUUGGAGGCGUACGCGCAUCUUCCUCACCAACCGUCGUUUGUGGACCCGACCACUGUUGGCUUUACACCCUUGGACCUCGCCAGCCCACUGGACUUGCAGGCUUUUGGGUUCAUCCCGGAGCUGAUUGGUCGCGUUCACAACAUCUGUGCAUUAUCACCAUUGUCACUUGACGAACUAUACCGCAUCUUGACGGAGCCUCGCAACAGCUUGGUGGAGCAGUACACAGCUCUGUUUGAAACGUACCCCAGCCGUCUUCGCUUUACACAACGGGCGCUCUAUGCCAUUGCCGAACGGGCACAGAAAAACGAGACCGGCGCCCGCGGCCUGAAAAUGGAGAUGGAGCGUGUCCUCGCAGAGCCCAUGUUCGAUGCGCCUAUGGCGUAUGUAUUGAUCACAGAGGCAUGUGUCAAGGGCAAAGAAAAGCCGGGAUAUUGGGGCAAGGACGGGCGAUUUGAGAUUGAGCGGCGAAUACGCGACGAGGAUGAGGGCCUUAAUGUAAACGGAGACACGAAUGGCGGCGUUUCGUUUGGGCAGUUGAGAGAGGCCGGGCAGAGUGGUGCAUAA